CAAAGUUCUCGCACACAUGUUAUUCUUUAACCUUUCCCAAACGUUUCUUAAUGAUGUAGACGUUAUGUCGUCGUCGUGUUUAGUAGACUACAGUCUAAGGUAAUGUUCAGACAUAAUGGCAGAGCAAAGAAGAUCGGAGCAAAGAAAUUGGUUAUUGGAACAUUCUGUCCUGGUACAGCACCAUGGCGAUACAAGAUAUCUUUGCAACACACAAUCUGUUGGGCCUUGCUCUAAAUUAUAUAAUAGUAAGGAAAUGGAAGUUCAUUUAUACCGUGUUCACGAAAUAUCUGGUGAUGACUCCGAUAUUCGCCGAAGCAGCUUGAUAUGGAGAUAUUUCAAUAAAACAGACAAACAAUACUCCAUGAAAUGCAGAAAGUGUAAAGAUUUCUGGGUUUCUUGUAACCGUGGUGUACAAAAUUUAAGACGACACGUAAUGGAUUGUCAUUGGGACGACGUAAGAGUUUAUCAAGCUGAACUUACACGUACGUGGCUGUCGCGACAUUUGAAAUUGGACGAAUUAACUAUGAAGGUGAAAUGCGUAUAUGGUGGAUGCAGUUAUAAAUGUUGCAUGUAUCGAAUGGAUAAAAUAAUAGGCCACUUGUUCCGACGACAUAACGUAACUGAAGGAAUUGCAGAAAAUGUUUUAUCAACUGAACAUAAAGAUUCAUUUCGGAGAGAAUUUAUGAGAAUUAUGGAUCAGGAUAUCAAUGACUGGCUUUCUGUAAUCAACAAACGGCUUAAGUCUCAUGAGCAGCAAUUAUUUAAUUUGACGAAGAAAAUAUCAACUUUUCAAUAAUGAUAUAAAUUAAAAUUUCUUAUAUCGAAUUUUU